UAGUGAUGGGAUUUGACAGUGAUCUUGAGAUGUUGAUAGACUCAGCUGGACAGGCUCCGUCUAGAGGCCAGACUACAAAAGGCUUGAAGGUUAUCUUGAAGAGAAAAUCGGCUACCUCUUCUGGAGAUCAGCACACUGUUGGCCGGUCACCUGUUGGAUCUUGUCCGUCUGGUUCCUCCGCUACUCCGAGCCAGACAAAGUCGAUCGGGAAGCGUCCUGUGGAGGCAGUUGAGGUCGAGACGUCUGGGGAUGCGCAUGCGAUUAACCCCAAGAGAGCCCGGUCAGCUAGGGAGGAAUCCCGACUUGACCAAACACUUACCCGCAGUACGAUCAGCCUGCCGGAGAUGUUUAACUUACUGUUCCAAAUGAGUCCUCCAACUGCAAGCCUUAUUAAUGAGACGACUGACAACGUGGCAAAACAUAUCGCUCAUCACUUGUCACAAGUUGCCAGCACGAGUACUGAGUUGUUCGUCCGGGCUCGACGUGAUGUUAUUGAGCGUGAGGAAGAGCUAAGAAAGUUUAAGGAAAGGGUGAGGGACUUGGAGGCUGAGGUGGGGUCUCUAAAGUAGUAUCCAGGCUUCGAUCAGUUUCUUUAGGACGCUGCUGCUCACUACGCUUCCCGACCGGUCGACCUACCUGGUCUGGUCUCAACGCUUUGCCCAUCCGAGGAUGCUGCUCUCCCCCUGCUCCAUACGCUGCGACAAGAUCCCGUGGGUUUGAUGAUGCUUCGUAGGGUGACUGCUUGGGGUUACCACCGAGGGAAGCAUGCUAUGCAGGAGUUUUUGUACCAGACUCUCGAAGAUGCUCUUCCGGAGGGCUGGGAGCAGGUUCGUGCCGUGUUACUUGCAAAAAUAGCGCCACCUGGUCCAGAGCCUUUCAGUGAUCAUCCUACAAGUCCGACUGGCUCAUUUACUGUUGCUUCACGAAAUCAAGAUCAAUGAUGUUUUGCAUUUUCUUAGUUGUUUUCCGUUAGACUAUUUUAUUUUUGUUUAAGUAUUCUCUAUUUCUUUGCUUCA